UGACAUUUAGCGGACCCCCCGUCAGAACAAUCAACCUCGUUGGUCAAGUCGCAGAGGCAAAGAGAGUACGUCUCUCCAGACCAAGCGAAGUUUUGGAGGCAGUCGAAGUGAUCAAUUUGCAUCAAACGUGACAGACAUCGGGAUUGUACUUGUGUAGAUAUAGGGGCGAGGUCCCAGCCGGGAAGUAGGAACCGGAUCGGAGAGUGCUCUUGCGGCACGGAAGCUUCAGCAAUCAAAAUGUGCACCACCAGAGGCAGAUCUGCGUUUGCUGUUCUGUCUGCUUUCGUGGUCUUGCUUCUCGCGAGAGGUGCGUUCACUGCAUGGACGACCUGGCAGGAACAGCCAGGGCGACAUCGUACCCAGCACGAUAUACAUCAGUUUCACGUUCCGCGAAUCCAAAUUUCCUCUCAUAUCGUUGCUUUUUCUUCAUAUUGGAUGGUCAUACUCCUAACUUUAUAAAGGGAAUGUGUUCAAGGGCCACAGCUGCGUUCGGCAUCUCUCAGCCGUCUUUUAGCAAGUCAGCAAAAGUUUUCAAUUGCGGGCUUGGGCAUUCCGAUUAUCAGAAGGCAUACCAAAUUGAAACUAAUUUGCCAGAGCUGAGUCGAUCCAAGACUAAGCUCGUGAUGGCGUAGUAGUUUGCUUAUUAGCUGACACUGCAAUUGCCCUGGAAAAUGUGUCCUACCUUUCAGGUCUUCUCGAAAGCAGACUCUUCAAUUCAAUACCUCCGGACAGCAAUAUCCUGACGGAGACUUCAGGAUGGAGACUUCAUCAGAGCAUGCAUACUUGGCAUUUCCUCGGAGGAAGGAGCCAAGUGGUUUUGAGUAGUAUUGCUCUUGCCCUUUGUGCAGAGGCCUCUGCCCACAUCCGAGUGCAGAAUGGAGUCUUCGUGGACGAAAAUUGCAAGGAGUUUCUCUUCAGCGGCUACAAUGCAUGGCAGGUGAGCAUUGCCUUGCUCACUCCCCCUGUCGAUCUCCCUGGCUCGCUCCAAGGACUAGUCAGCCAAUUCCAAGAGGCUGGUGAGCACCCCAUCCUCCCCUUUCCUGUCAGCUUGCCAAGCUUGCACUACAUGACUUUGGCAGCUGAAGGAAGCUGCAGCGUGUUGUUUUUGUUGUGCCCGAUCGCCACAAGCAAGAUAUGCAAGAACUAUCGUGAUGUCUUGUGGCAAAUCUGCGGAUGUCUUUCGGCACAUGUGCGGGUCAAGGAGAAAUUGUGACGUUAAGACAGAUGCGCAACGAGAUGCAGUAGAGCCCUCACUUAAUCUGACCUGCUGUUCUUGGAAGGAAUAUUGCAUAUGACACAAAGUGACACAAAGAAUCCUAAAAUUG